GUGUUGGUUUUGCCACUAGGCAAGUAGGCAAUGUUACCAAACCCACAAUUGUCAUAAGUCAUGAGGAUGACAAAGUUGUCAUAAAGACGCUGAGCACCUUCAAAAACACUGACAUUUCUUUCAAACUGGGAGAGGAGUUUGACGAAACCACAGCAGAUGACAGACAUGUAAAGUCCACUGUAACCUUGGAAGGGGAAAAUCUUGUCCAUGUUCAGAGGUGGGACGGCAAGGAGACUAAGUUUGUUAGAGAAAUCAAGGAUGGUCAAAUGAUUAUGACCUUGACCUUUGAGGGCGUGCAGGCUGUCCGCACAUAUGAAAAGGCAUAAUGUCAAACUAAUGGACGCUUCAGUGUUACCCUGGCAACUUGACAAUAUUACAAGGGAAUUUUUA